CGUCGGCGUCGGCAUCCUACCGGCUCGAGGAAGUCUGAGUUUGUCUCGUGCGAGGGUGCGGGCCGCACACGGUUCGCCGAAUCUCCGACGCGGAAACUCGUAACUCGUACUCGGAGAACGCGGGCUGAUAGAAAAGUGUUCGACGUUGUAAACUAUCCAGUGAUCAUUUAUAGAUCGUGAUCCAGAUUUUCUUUUUAAACGAUCCGUGAAAAAAAGGUAAAGAUCGCUGAAGGAACUUGCGAUUUUAAAGCGGACAGGAUUUUAUAUCGAUCGUCGUAUGGAAGAAUGAUCUAGACAGCCUGGAUCCGCUAAUUAACCACCAUCAAAUAGUAGAAGAUUAGUGUCUAAUCGUAUAGUAUCGACGGAUUUACAUAUUGUUCCCUUGUAAAUUGUAAGAGAAGAGGAAUUGAAAAACGUGCGCGUAAGGGUGUGUGUUACGGUAUGGCCAACCACGAUUGAGUCUCCGUUACGAAGCUUUUAUCUACCAGCCUGACGAACACGUCCAAUUGCGGAAACAUGAUCCGUGACUAUCUGGUGCUACUUUCGUGGCUAUGCGCUGUACAAGGAAAAAUAGGCUAUUUCUGGCACAUCACCGACAUCCACUAUGACCCGAGGUACUCCACCCAGGGAAACGCAGGCAGCAUGUUCUGGAACACGAGGAGCGUCGACGGCGGCUGGAUGCCCCCCGACCGGAAGACGGUCGGUAAAUUCGGCGAUUAUGGUUGUGAUUCGCCAUGGUCCUUGAUCGAAUCAGCCAUGAGGGCGAUGAGAACUCAUCACGGGGAGGGAAUCGAGUUCGUCCUUUGGACUGGGGACGCGUUGACCCGGACCUUCGAUAUGAGCGCCGAGUUGCGUCUACAGUGUUUGCGGAAUUUGACCGAUCUGUUGUCCCGCACGUUUAAGGAACAAUUUGUGUUCCCAGCACUCGGGCACGAGGACAUAGGAGUGAGCUUCUCUCAACUGGCCGAGCUGUGGCAGCAAUGGCUGCCCCAGGAGGCUCUGGACACGUUUCGAACCGCCGGAUAUUACACGAUAGAGCAGCGCUCGGAAAAGUAUCGAAUCAUCUUCUUGAACACAAAUUUGUGGCUGAAUAUGCAUCGUACCGGAAGCAACACGAUCGAUCAGCAGGAUCCUUUCGAGCAAUGGUCCUGGUUCCAGUUGACCCUUGAGAACGCCCGGAAGAAAAAGGAGACGGUAUACAUCGUGGGUCAUACACCACCUGGCGUGGCCGAUCGCGAGAAUGGUGCCGCAGCUUUCAGUGAAAAGCACAACACCAGGUAUCUUCGAUUGAUCCGUCUCUAUUCGGACAUCAUUCGUGGUCAAUUCUUUGGUCAUUGGCAUUCUGACACAUUUCGUGUGGUUUACAGCGAUACUGGUCUGCCAGUAUCUUGGAUAAUGAUGGCACCGAGUAUAUCGCCUCGCACCACUGGAGGACCCAAUAAUCCAGGUUUGAGAUUGUACAAGUUCGAAACUAAUACCGGUCAGGUGUUGGAUUAUACGCAGUACUAUCUUAAUCUGCCGGAAGCGAAUUCAAAAGGGGAGGCGAACUGGUUGGUCGAAUACUCUAUGCUCGAGUACUACGAUCUUCAGGAAAUAACGGCGAUCACUCUUCACGACUUGGCCGACCGAUUCACGCAAUCCGAUGAUUACGCUUUCGUCAGAUAUUACGCUGCCAAUACAGUCUCACUGCCUCGAGAAGUAGAACAGAUUUGGGGUUGCGGAGGUUCAUUGAAUGGAGCCUGCGUCCUUCACCAUUACUGUACCGUCACCCGGCUGAACAUCGAAUCCUACAACGAGUGUUACUCGUCCUACGCUUAUGCGCUCGCCUCUACUGGUCCAGCCGCAGCACGAUUAUCGUUAAACCUGCUUCUGCUGCUGGUCUGCGUGGAAUUGCUGAGGAAUCGGUAGGUUGGGACUUGUUGGUCGACGCGAAGCACAGCUGCGAAACGAACGAGCAAAACGCAGCUAUUGCCGCGCCAUCGUUGACGAUACUCGCGCGUAAACGAACCACGCGAGCGAGCUUGAAAUCGUUGAAAGAUCGCGACCGACACCCGUGUGUCCGCAUGGCAGAACGUAGGAGAACAAUCUUAACUUCGUCUCUGUAUCUGUCCUAUUUGUCCACGCGUCUUCUUCUCUCUGUCGUUAACGCGGGAAAUGAACAGAUCCGUUCGUUAAACGAGCGCGACGAUUAACCGCGCCGCGGAAUUUCACGGUCCCGAGCACGAUCGAGUUCCGCUCGGGGCUGUUGGCGUAGUUCGUCCCAUCGCAAACAGAGGACUGGCUAACGCCAUCGCGAAACGAAAGGGAGAUCUCGAAGCUUUCAUGAUUCGGUUUGUCGUACACUGUUUCAAAGUUUCUGGCUGUAAUUCCUGUACAGACGGAGAUCUUUCCUACACUACUGAUGAAAUUCUUGGAAAAAUUUCUUUUCGAGUACCGUUUAUACCCGGGAGUCUCGGGUAGUGGUAAGUGGAACAGUGUUGCGCGAAAGGGAGAUCGGUUUAACCAAACACAAAAGUAAGAAAAAGUCCUUGAUGUUGUACUUGCUUCUCUUAAGCGUUCGGUGUACGUUGUUUUUAACACGAGAAGAAUAUUUAUAACGCGUUUUACGCGUCUAGAUCGGUACACGAGUAACGACGCAAUGGAAAAAAAAAAAAAAAUAAAAGGCAAAAGUGAAUUCGCGAUCUACGAUCGAUCCCGUGAACCGGAAAUACACUUCGGUGAGCGUCGCGCGGCUUCGAUCCAUCGUCGACGACUGCGUCGAAGCGUUUCAUAGCUUGAAGAGCCAUUAUAUUCGUACCAUCAUCAUUUCGCGAUUGUCGGAACAAUACAGUAUUUCUUAAUAAACGAGUCAUGGAUUUGUA